CUCUCAAUCUGAGUCUCUAGCGGGCGACUAACCUCCACCGGAGUAAAUAGAUUGAGGCCUUAACAAACAAAACCUCCACUACCGGAGUAAAUCCGGUACAGAGUAGUGAGUUGGCUCCUCGACUAAAGUCACCAACUCCCUACCUUCAAUCAAGGAUGCUCUAUCAACCUAGGCAGAUAUUCUCAUUCUAGGUUAAAGCAGAAACAACAGGAAUUUGAUCAGGAUUCAAGUCAUUCAAUCAUUCAAACCUCAAUCGAAUAUAAUCAAAUCAUAGAAUCAGUACUUGGGUUCAUACAAUCAAAGCCUAACAUACAAAUCUAGGGUUCUCCAUACCCAGAUGAAUGGGAGAACUACUCCAUGGAGAAAGAAGCAAAAGCAGAAUCAGACGCGGAAUUCAUACUGUAAAGGAUGGAUUCCUGCUCUUGGACGUUGAUCGGCACUUCUCCACGCUCAAACUGGCCUCCAAUGGUGUUGAAGAUCAAGUUAGGGCACUUGGAGACUCUUGUUCGUCGCUUUCUCUCUCUAGGAAUCGUUCUGUCUCUCUAAAACUCGAAUCCCCUUGACUUGUGGCUGAAAAUCUGCUUAAAAGCAGAAUAUCCCGACUCACACGGGCAGGCCGCACGGCCGUGUGGCUCACUCAAUUGCCCGUGCGGCUCCAAACGCAGCGUAUUGAUUAGUUGAAUUCCAGGCUUCUUACACGGCCAGGGUCGCACGGCCGUGCAGCUCACCUUGCACGGCCGUGCAGCUCACCUUGCACCGCCGUGCAGCUCACCUUGCACGGCCGUGCAGCUCACCUUGCACGGCCGUGUUGAUUUUCUGCUCUGCCCGUGUUUGCUCUCGCACAAUCCCACACGGCCAAACUGGCCACUUGGACGGCCGUGUGGGUUGUGGGUGUGCCCGUGCGACUUCCUUUGUGACUUGCCUCACGCCCGAUCUUCGCCCAAUCGACCCCGAACUCGCUCCUAAACCUUCAUUCACUUGCCAGGACCUGAAAUAUCACAAACAAGCACAACCUAGCGUGAAAUCGGUCUAAAACACGAGAAACCACAUCUCAAACGGUGUAAGAACAGGGGUGAAAACAUGUGUAAUUAACGGUCUAUCAGUCAAUCACUUGAUCGGUAGCGCUUCACCGGCGGAGAUCGACGAAGAAAAUGACGGGUGCAGAUCGAGGAAGCAGCGCCAGCCAAGGCAGUUGCGCAGUGUGAUGCCAAGUGGCGUGGAGAAAUAGCGUUGUUGAACGAGACAAGUAAAAAGAGCGUGCGACAGAGAGGCGCGUCCAGGGAGGGCGAUGAGGAGUCGACGAUAGUGAUCUUGGCCAAUCCGUUGAUCGGAACCUCCUCGCUAGUUGACUUCGGUAAGGCAGACCCGACGGCCGAUUUCGUUAGCAAACCGCCAUAGUUUCGGGAGGUUGUAGUAGCCAUGGACGUCAACGUGGAAGCUGCCUCCAACCAGCUAGAAGCCAGCCCUGGGGGACAAAUCCAUCUUUCCUCGACGACUCUAGCGUGGUCGGCGGCCGUACCCGUCAAUCCAAGCUGUAGGAGAGCAAAGUACAAGGCGACGAAGGUUACGUUUCCUUUGAAAGUUGGAGCAGUGAUCGGAAAGGUAAGAAGUGUGGGUUUAACUAAGAAUGUUGCAUCAUGGAAGUUCAAGAAGAAGACAGGGUUGCUGAAGAUCGGAGCAUCUCCAGUGAGGGAGAAAAAGAGGGAAGCCCCAAUAGCGAGAAAGAUGGGGACGGUGGCUAGCGACGACGGGAUUGGCCGCCGAUAUCGAGGAGGAAGAAGAAGAAGGGAGGUGGAGGCAGCGUUGACAUUUCUCUAGCGAAUCCUAGGCGAUUGGCUUUGAGUUUACGGGACAACGAACAGAAACGGCAGCAAUUCGCUGAAUUGGGCUGGAGGAAUUGGGCCGACGGGCCAAGAAAAAUGGAGAUGGGCUGGAUUGAUCGGCGAGUGAAUCUUGGGCAGGAGUAGAGCAAGCUCGGUCAUGAAGAAGACCGUGUUGGGCUUUUCCGGGGUAUUUCGGGCCAGCAGUGUGAGCUGAAGAAGAAGGCCUCUGCUGCGGUCGAGAGGAAGAGGGAGUCCAAGAUACCUGCAAGUGGCGGGUGGAAUAGUGCCAUUCCCUCAUCGAUGUCUACGAUAGUAAACAAGGAAGAUCACUCUGUACAAAAUGGGGUUUCCAAAUUUGGAAGCGAAGGAGGCAAAAUGAGGGGUACGAGAAGAAGCGUAGGAUGAAUAAUGUAAAGUGGGUGUUUCCUUGCAAAGUCAUAAGAAAAAAAGAGGGGCAGCAGGAAGCUUAUGUGGAGCUAGGCUCCAUUUUUUGGCAUGUGUAGGGAGAAGGUGGAAGGAGGUGAUUGAUGGAAGAAGUUGCAUACGUGGAGAAGAAAAAUGGUGUCUGUCCCCAUGCAAGAAUGGAUUGCGCCAAGAGCCGGGACUGGUUAUGAGGAUCCGCUCCUUACGUCGACAAUUCCAAUGCUUGUUGUCGCCUCUCUUGUGUGGUCAUGUACUCGCAUGCAUGGGACGUGGCCUAGAAUAAGAUGGGGACAUUCAG